AAUAACGCUGUCAACAGAUCUUCACCUACCCCCAAAACAGACACUCUGAUCACAGAUUACCAGUUCGCCCUCAUCAUGGCCACUUACUCGGCGCUCGGAAUAUUCGUCUCGUCUUUUGGACUGGUCACCAACGCCAUCAACAUUAAAACUUUUAUUUCCAUGGGAGUCGAUGGCGGUCUCAACUUGUCUUUCCUUUUCCUCUCGUGUUCCGAGUUCGUUUGUUUUCUGGCCGCGCUGGGCUACGAGAUGGCCAUGGCCUUCUGGGUGACGGAGAUUGUGACUAACUACAAGAUAUGGUUUGAUAUUCACCCGUACGCAAUCAACAAUUUCUUCGGCAAUGUGAGAAACUGUCUGUUUGAGAUCCCCGUCCUGAUCACAACGUAUCUCUCCGUCGCAAAGUGCAUGUGUGUGGUGAGGCCGCUGCAUUUUAAAAAUAUGUUUUCGGUUUCAAAAACUGUUUGGGUUAUGAUCGGAAUUUCAGUGUUCGCCAUCGGAAGUGAUGUGCCGGUAUUAGCCAACAUGGGAGUGACGAGACAGUUUGACAAAAAAAUCAACAGAACCCGGCCGAUGCUGUGGCUAUCGCCACAUCGAGACAUCAUCAAAAAUAUCGUGUGGCUAACGAGAGACUCGAUCCCCGCUAUAAUCUCUCAGGCCAUCAUCAUCGUCUGUGUCGUCGUCAUGUCCACCACGCUAAGACGAUCGGCAAAAUUCAGAGAGAGCUCAACGCCGAGUCUUUCACAUCGUGGCGACCAGCAGCCUGAUUCGAAGAAAACCAGCAUAAAAUUGCUCAGUAGACGAUGCACCAAAGAUCGACAGGUCCUCAAACAGGUGGUCGUCAUAUCUAUUAUCUACAUACUCGGCAACACCCCGAAGAUUGUCGUCUUCACAGCCUUGCAGCUGGUGCCAGACUUGACCCUUGGCAGACGCUACCAGAAUGUCUACAUCGUCAUCAUGAAUGCUAGAGAACUUUCUGAAAUGAUCAUGUCGGCUGUCAACCUCCUCAUUUACUACAAGUACAACUCAAAAUUCAGACGCCAGUGUAAAUUCUGCUGA